GAGCAAGCAGUCAAGGACCAAAAUACCAACAAGCAGAGCAACACAUGGAAGAAACUGAUGAACUUGCUGAUGCAGCUGCGGAAGGCAUGCGCCCACCCCUACCUGCUGUCGGGGGCGGCACCGCUGGAGUACGAAAUCGGCGACCACGUCAAGAAUGCGUCCAGCAAGUUCAUCGUGGUGGACAAGCUGAUUGAAGAGUUGUGCAUCAAGAGAGGCAAGAAAGUCCUCAUCUUCUCCGGAUUCACCAGAAUGCUCAAUCUCUGCGAAGAGCUGUUGCACAACAAGGGAGCCAACACCCGUCAAGGCUCAUUCCGGUUUGCUCGACUGGAUGGAAGCACAUCCCGUGCACAACGUAAUCUGAGCAUCCGUCUCUUCAACCAAAUGGACAGCGAUUACAAGGUCAUGCUGAUCUCCACGCGAGCAGGUGGUCUUGGCAUCAACUUGACAUCCGCCACAGAUGUGGUGUUUUUGGACGAAGACUGGAACCCUCAGGUCACCCUGCAGGCUGAAGCGCGGGCUCACCGCAUUGGGCAGACUCAGAAAGUCACCAUUUACAAGCUGUGUACUUCAGGAACGGUAGAAGAGCAAAUGAUGGGUCGCAUCCGCAAGAAGCUCUACCUCUCGGCCAAGAUCACGGAGUCGAUGCAGAACAUACAUACCGGGAACUCACCGGAGAAAAAGCGAAAGCGACAGAUCAGUGGUCGGGCGACCGCUGUAGACGAUGACGCGCCACACCUCGACACCGCCUCGCUGCAGUCUCUGCUUCGACGUGGUGCACAGACUCUGGCACGACCGGAAGUCCCUGUGGAUGAACUCCUGUCCUGGGACUGGGAAACCACACUAGAGAAUUGCAAGGACAAACCGCUGGAUCCCCUGGUUGUAGGCGCCAACGGCGAAGUUGCAGAAGUGGACGAGCAAAAGUGGCUGAACACGAUGGAGAGAGUAGAGUGCGCCAUCUUCGAAGGCAAGAAGCACGACAAAGAGCUGGAGAAAAAGAUCGAAAAGACCGUCGACCUGAAUCGUGCCGAUCGUCGAGCGGGCAAGAAUACGACCGUGGAGAUUGACGGCUUCAUGAUUAACAAGAUAUCGCUGAACUGUGCAGAUUGGGAAGCGGUGCCGACGCUCGCAGGCAAAGAUCCUCGCCUGGCAGAGUUCAAGAAGGAGAAGAAGCCACCGAUUCAGCAUCAAGAGUUUUGUCAAUGCUGCUGGAUGGGCGGAGAGGUCCACACCUGCUCGUCCUGUCCCCGAGCCUACCAUCAGCUAUGUCUCGACAGAGAUUGGCGAGCGAAGAUGCGGUCUACGUUGCAGUUCCAUUGCCCACAACACCAGUGCCGCGACUGCGGUGGAAAGACGACCGACGUGGGAGGCAUGAUCUACCGUUGCCGUUGGUGCGAGAAUGGCUUCUGCGAGGACUGCCUCGACUGGGACACGGUCACGCUCGUAGGCGACACAUUGCCCGAAUUCGAAAUGCGCAACUUUGGCAAAAAUGCCCAAGCAUACUUCGUCGAAUGCCCGCACUGCAUCCAACGCAUGCAAGCCGACCCCAACGAUGCCAAACUCACUGCGAAUGAGCGCGCCAAGAUUGAAUCGCGGUAUGCCGCCUGGCUCCUCGAAGAAGGAGAAGAAGAAUCUGGACCGAGCCCCACGUUUGCGCAGGACACCCCCGAUACCGUUUCCGAGGUCAUGACGCCGAUGGAUGAGGUGGCGGAGCCCACGAACACUAGCAAGACUGUCGUCCACCAGUCCCGCAAGAAGGCAAAGAUGAUGGAAAUGGAACCUGCAACAGGAUGAGUGUACUGAAAUUGGACAUGCGGCAUGUCCAUCUGACCGACAAGAACCGAGCUCGUGUGUGCUGAGUGAUCCAAAUCAGCCAUUGACGGUGAGGUGUUAGGGGGCGUUUUUCGAGAAAAGAACGUGACCUAAAGACGGCGGUGAUUUGGUAGAUAGACGGGUUAUGGGCGUGAACGCAUGAACGGGUUUAGACUGCUUUUGUACUAUGCGGCAUUUGUGUAUGGAUGUUGAAGCAUGCCUGAUAGAUACCCUGUUGCCCUAGUGACUUGCUGGUUACUUGCUACUGUUGCUGCUGCUGCUGCCAUGACAUGGUAUGUGGUACGUAGGUAUGUGUUGAAGAGCACUUUUGUAAC